AUGGAUCUCCAAGACGUUGAGAAUACGGCCAACGAGCAGGGAAAGCUCCAACAGGAGCUGUGGAAGACUGCACAAACACCCUGGACCUCCUCCAUCUUGCCCAGUGCGCAUUCCCUGACUCAAGCGAGGGAAUCGCUUCCAACAUCCCUUGACAAUGACGGCAUGGGCUUUGACCUCACCAGGAAGCACAUUCUAGACGAUAUCGUCCCGGGAUUCAACGCCAGCAGCAUAAGCCCCAACUACUACGGGUUCGUCACGGGCGGGAUCACCCCAGCUGCGCAGUUCGCGGAUAGCAUUGUUUCCACGUACGAUCAGAACGUCCAGGUUCACCUCACAGAGCACACAAUCGCUACCGAUGUCGAGUUCAUUGCCCUAGGCCUCCUCGCGGAUCUUUUGCGCCUGGAUAGGGAAGCCUGGCAGCAUGGUACCUUUACGACGGGUGCCACGGCUAGCAAUAUUCUUGGCUUGGCCUGUGGCCGGGAGUUUGUGUUGUGGGGUGCAGCAAGCAGGAAGGGCGCGACAUCCACAAGUGUCGGAGAACAUGGCCUCUUCGAAGUCCUCCUGGCAGCAGGUCUCUCGGGCGUGCAAGUCCUUUCCACACUGCCACACUCAUGCAUCGCAAAGGCCGCUGGGAUACUGGGCAUCGGCCGCGCAAAUGUCAAAAACAUAUGCCGAGAGGACAACCCCCUUCUCAUCGACCUAGCACGCCUUGAAGCGGAAUUGGCGCAUUCGGACAAAGCAUCUAUUGUUGUCGUCUCCUGUGGGGAGGUCAACACCGGUAACUUUGCGACAACGAGCCAUCAAGACAUGCUGGCCAUCCGCUGGCUGUGCGAUGAAUACGGCGCAUGGGUGCACGUCGACGGCGCAUUCGGCAUAUUCGGCCGGAUCUUAGACGACAGCGAGGAGUUCGCUGCAGUCAAACAAGGAAGUGCAGGGAUGGAGUUUGCCGACUCCAUCGCGGGCGACGGACACAAGAUGCUCAAUGUGCCGUAUGACUGCGGGUUCUUCCUCUGCCGCCAUCCAGACGAAGCGGGACGUGUCUUCCAGAAUGCCAAUGCGGCUUAUCUGACGGGUGGGGCGGCCGCCUCGAUCCCUUCUCCGUUGAAUAUUGGGAUUGAAAACUCCAGGCGCUUUCGGGCGCUGCCAGUCUACGCUUCUCUCGUCGCGUAUGGCCGCGUCGGAUACCAGGUUAUGCUGCAAAAGCAGAUCCGUCUGGCUCGCAUGAUUGCCGCGUGGCUGUUUGAGCAUCCGGGGUAUAACACCUUGCUGGAAAUGGACACGAAAGAGGCGUUGGUGGAUAAAACGUUUGUUGUCGUUUUGUUCAGUGCAAAGAACGACGCGUUGAACCAGAAUCUUGCGGCUAGGAUCAACGAUACGUCGAAAAUCUUCGUUUCUGGGACUAGCUGGGAAGGACGUCCUGCUUGUCGAAUUGCGAUCUCGAAUUGGAGAGUCGACGAGGAAAGAGAUAUUGGGAUUGUGGUUGAUGUAUUGGAUAGUGUAGUCAGACAGGAAAAUUAA